AUGGGGAAACUCAGAAGUAUCCUUCUUCUGUGUCUUGGCUUUCUUCUAGUCCAUGUAAGAGAGGAGAGAACAGCAUCUCUUCGCACUACCGGAACAAGUCAACGUGAUUUUGAUUUAGCUGAUGCUCUUGAUCACCCAGACGACAUAAUUACUAGGAAACCUACAGUGAUCAGAAGACCGACAAGGCCCGUGCUGAACAAUGAUCUGCAUUUAGGAGAUGCUCUUGGUGGGGGUGACAUCUCAAGAAAACCUUUAUACCCACCUCUUCCACCACGACCAGGAAGCCAUGGUAUUUCUGGAGGUUUUGAUGACUCAGAUCUCCUUGAUGGGAAGCCUUUACCACCGCACAUAACAGGAGAAGAGGAGCACAAUUUCAAUCAUGGAGGAAACACGGAUUCAGGAUUAAUAGCUGGAGUUACAUCUCCUAUAAUUUCUGCUUUUGUAAUACUGGUUGUUGGAUCAAUAGCAGCCUACUCUGCUUACAAGAACAAGAAACUUUGUUUCAAACCACAGGGUGGGGCUACAGUAUAAAUUGCUGGAAGAAGAGUUGCCCUCUGGUCACAGGCUCCUUUGAUUGAUGACAUUCAGCCCACAGAUCUGACAAUGUUUUCCUACCUUCUCAUUCUGACAAAAGGAAAUCUAAUGAACAUUUUGUUGAGACCCUGCAAUCCUGCUCCCUUUUAUCUGAUGUCCCUCUUGCACCCUGAGCUUUAUGUCAUCAAAGAUGUGCUUAAAACAUCUAUUGAACUCUCUGACCUGCAUUUUGAUUCAGAAGUUAUU